AUGGGCGGCAACGGCGGUGGCGGGCUUGACCACGCGGCGAUGCGGCGGGCGGCGGCGCGCGACACGGGCCGUGGCGGCGGCACGGGUGGCGGCGGCGGCACGGGUGGCAACGGUGCGAUGCUGAUCUGGGUUCCGGUGAGACAGCGGCGGUCGCAGUUGGUCGGGCGACAAAUGUGGCACGAGCUGCAGCAACUUUGCGGCUCGGGUGAAGAGGUAGGCGAGGCGGAGGCGGUGGGGCGUGGCAGCGUCGCGGCUCUGGGCGGCAGCGGUCUAGCCGGGACGGAGGCGGCAAGCGACCGGCGGGUCACGCGGCUCGAACGGCGUCGAGUCUACAUUGAAGCGGAUGGUGGAGAUGUUCUUGAUUCUCUAUACAAAUUGAAGUUCGAAAAGUCAGGGAUCGACACGAGCCUUUUUCAGGUAACCGAUCACCAUAGAAUUCUCAACUCUAGAAUGUAUCUUCAAGAAGGACUGAGGGAGAAAGAUAUGAUCAAAAGGUUGCCUGGACAACCACCGGUCAAAUUCGAUCACUAUGGUGGAUAUGUCACUGUAGAUGAAUUGGCUGGUCGAGCAUUUUAUUAUUAUUUUGUCGAAGGGGUGAGAAACAAGGAGUCAAUGCCACUUCUUUUAUGGCUUAACGGAGGUCCCGGUUGCUCCUCCCUCGGCUAUGGAGCAAUGCAGGAACUCGGACCAUUCCGAGUCCACAGCGACGGGAAGACUCUUUACAAAAAUAAAUUUGCAUGGAAUAAUGCUGCGAACGUGUUGUUCCUAGAGUCUCCUGCUGGUGUCGGUUUUUCUUAUUCCAACACGACGGCCGACUAUAGCACGAACGGAGACAGCAAAACAGCUGCGGACAAUUAUGUAUUCUUGCUAAAUUGGCUGGAGAGGUUUCCCGAGUACAAGAACCGGGAUUUUUACAUUUCAGGCGAGAGCUACGCGGGUCAUUACGUGCCUCAGCUCGCUCACAACAUCCUAUCCAACAACAAGAAGGCAAACAAGACCCUCAUCAACCUCAAAGGGAUUAUGAUUGGAAAUGCAGUAAUCAACGACGAGACGGACCAGCGUGGGAUGUUGGAGUACUUUGCUACGCAUGCAUUGAUAUCGGAUGAAACAGGGUUUGCGAUUCAAAAAUAUUGUGACUUCUCACCAAAUGCCACCAGUCAAGUAAGCCAGUGCCUCUCGGCCGCGCAGGAUGCAAGUAACGACGUUUCUCCCCUCCAAAUUUACAACAUUUACGCCCCUUUGUGCUUCUCUUCCAACCUCACAUCUCAUCCCAAGAAGACCAACAUCAUGGACUUCGACCCCUCUGUCGACACCUACGUGCAUGCGUGCAUGAAUAGAGAAGAUGUGCAAGAGGCACUUCAUGCUAACGUGACGAAGCUCGAUCACGACUGGGAAAAUUGCAGCGCCGUUGUUUUGCAGACCUGGGGAGAUAGCCCUUCCACCGUCCUUCCUCUACUCCGGGAGUUCAUGUCCAGUGGACUCCGUGUUUGGGUGUUCAGCGGCGAUACGGAUGGAAGAGUGCCAGUGACUUCGACCAAGAGAUCUCUUAGCAAGAUGAAACUCCCGACGGAGAGUGAGAUCGACUCGCCUCUCAAAGAUUUUCGAAGAUUCGGGAAAUUUUACGGAAGUUAG